AUGUCUCUUCUCCACGAAGCUACUUGGAGAAAAGCUGGGAUUUUUGAUGCAAUCAUGGCGUCCACCAAAACGAUCCACAAGGACUCGGCUCUGGUUUUCUCUGUUGCUGAGAAAUGGUGUCCCAAAACCAACUCUUUCUUGUUCCCUUGGGGUCAAGCAGGCAUAACUCUAGAGGAUGUAAAGGUGCUUCUAGGGUUCUCUGAUAGGGGUUUGCAGUAUUUAACUACACUUGAUCCCUCAGGAAAGGAGAUAAAGGCAAAACUUGAUCAAGAGUGUGAGCAGAUUAAGAAAGAGACGGGCGUUAAAGCAAACCAAGUAACAUGGGCAGCGAGAUUCAUGGACAGUGGUCAUGAGCUUGAGCAUGUGGCUUUUCUUGCUUCAUGGCUUGGCCACUUUGUGUUUCCCUCACGGUAUUAUCACAUCUUUCACUACCACCUGUCGAUUGCUGUUCAUCUUUCAAGAGGUACUAGGAUUGCUCUUGCUCCUCCUGUUCUUGAUCACUUGUAUAAAGAGUUAAGUCACUUGAGUGACCACAUUAGAGCUUUCAAUGAAUCGACGAGUCCCCUCACAAUACUAUAUAUGAGCUCCUUGUUUAAGUUGGUUCAAGUUUGGACAUGGGAGAGGUUUAGGGAGCUACAGCCACCAAAACCUAAUCCGAUGCUAGAGGGUGAGCCAAGAUUGGCUCUUUGGCAUGAUCUGAAACGGAGAGCAACUAAUGUGAGGCAGAUUCUUGAAAACUCGACAAUGGACAGUUUGAAACUGCGUCCUUACACAAAACCUGUGAAAAACUGGAAUGUUACUACUGUGCAAGUAACUCCAAGGAUCUGCUUUCCAGAAUCACAAUGUUCUUCCAAGGAGAAUCGAGUUGUUGUUGAAUCAUCUGAAACAUUGACAGCGAGAGGUGAUGAUACUAGUUUUGUUCAUUCAGGUUGUAAUAUGAACAGAACAAGCAAUGAUGGAAUGAAGAUAGCUGAGGUAGCGACAAAGCGAGUUUGUGAAGAUAAUGGGAGUAGUAAGGGUCAUUGUCAGACAGAGGUUACAUCAGACAAUGAUGAUAACCUCACCAUUUCUGGAACUCUAAUGGUAGAAAGAAGAUUUAAAAAGAAGUAUAGCGAGGUAGAGAAUAGUGGAGGAGAGGUUUCUGAACCGCUUGGUAAAAGAAGUAGACUUGAGGCAGAUAACUAUGAUUCAUGCCGUUUUCAGAAGCUUGCUUCCACAAGAGCUAAUGGAGAGGAAUCUGUGCUAUCAACAGAAACCGAGCAAAGGAAUGAGGAGACCAAUGAAACAGGAAGCAUAUCAGGGAAGGAUAUGGUUCUGAGUCCAGUUGAUGAAAACAACUCUUUAGAUCCUCCUCUUGGUGCUAAUGGAGGAGCAGUUGAGGACAUUGCUUUGUCAGCACCAGAGACAAGGCAAAACUGUGAUGAUGAGCUUGAUGUAAAUGGAAGCAAUGGAGAGAAGGAGACUAUGGUCGAUGAUGGCUGCAAGGAACCAGAAUGUUUGCUUCAUGAAGAUGGUGCCAUAGCAGGAGACAAGGCGAGCUCAGACGAGAAGUUGUGCACUGAAGCUGAGAAUAUGGUUAUGAGCCCAUCUGAUGAGUCAAACAUUCACAUCACUGCAGGGGAUGGAACUCAGGGACAAGACUGUUUGCUUCAUGAAGAAACUUUGAAAUCCAAUGAGCAGUUAGAGAAUUUAGAAAAGAGGAACAAUGAUGUUGAUGAAGGUGAUAAUGCCAUGGGAGGAGAAAAGGCUAGUUCAAAAGAGAAGGAAGAUGAUGUUGCUGGUGAUGAUGAUGUUAUUCAGGAAAAGCUUGCGGUAGAGGAGCCAGCAAUAGCGUCAGACGACAAUACACAGAGUUUUGAGAAGAUAAAAGUGCUGAUGAUGUCUUUGGAGGAGCGCAUUGUGAAGGCACAGAAAAAUGUGGCAUGGUUAAAAGAAAGAAAAGCGAUGAAACAGAAGAUAAUCGCAUCGGCUCGUUUAAGUUAG